UCAGUUAUCUGUAAAAUUCCGACACCCAUUGAUAACGAUGCCAAAUUUGGCUGAGUUAUCUAUCAUGUGCAAAAUGCUAGUGUCAUGGGUGUAGUGGAUUUCGUAAAUGUUCAACUUUUCCGUGUUUCUGAGCUCAAGGAUGUUUUGAGACAGAGGAUGACAAAGGUAUUAUAAAACCUGUGGAAGCAAUGGCUUCUAGUGUUAUGGACACGAUAAUUAAGCUCAAUAAUCAAAGUUCCGGCCGUGAUAAGAUAUUUCGGCUUGUUCAGUAUAGUAGCAGAUUAAUAUGGGCGAGCCUAGAAAAUAAGAAUUCAGAUAAAGAAUUAAUAAAUCAGUUGAAAAAUUUGGAGUAUUCUCUCAGUACAGGGAGAAAAUUGUAUAGAUUUGGUCGAAGUCUUGAUACAUUUUAUGCGGCACUUAAUACUCUUCAUUUAGAUGAUCCAGUUCUGCGAUUUUCUAUAACUUUAUCUAAAAUCAAUAUGGCAAUGUAUUUGUUUACAGACCAUAUUAUAUGGCUUGGACGUGUUGGACUUUUAAGCAUUGAUAAAGAAAAGUGGUCCAAAUUGAGUUAUAAAUUGUGGCUGUAUUAUUUAACUAUGAAUUUAACAAGAGACUUUUAUGAAAUUAUGAGCGUCAUGAAUAAUUUUACUCAUGGUAGUUUAAAACACGAUCUUCAGGCGAGUAAUAAGAAAUAUGCUAAUCCAUUUUUAUCUCAGCUCAGUAUGUUAUAUAGAUUAUUAAGAAUGCAUAAAGAUCUUGCUUUAGAUACAGUAAAGAAUGGUUGUGAUAUCUGUUUACCCCUUGCCGAGUUAGGAUAUUUAUCCAUACAUCCUAGAACAGUUGGUUUGCUAGGAAUGAUUUCAUCAGUGGCUGGUAUGUUGCCAUUGUUGGAUUCAUCAUAUAAAUUGGUUCCUUAAAUACUACUCUUUGCUUUUAUUUAUAAUUGUACACAAUUUUUGAGCAAAGAAUUUUAACAUUUGAUAUUAAUACUUUUUCAUAAAAAUAACAUAUAAUUGAUUUAUAAGACUGAAGAUCUUUUUUCUGUAUAAUACAAUAUACGUUAUUUUAAAUGUUAUGUAGCAUAUACUAUAUGCUUAAUUUAAGUUUUAUUCUGAAAUCACUGAGGGUUAUAUUGACAAAAAAUAAACAUUCUGUUAAUUAUUUCUUCAUGUUGGAGUCUGUAUUAAAGUAUUAAUAUACUGUACAAUAUUGUUUUUGUUAUAAGAUUUUUCUCAUUCAAAAAUUUAUUGAUAAUUUGAAAUGUUCUUGGCAUAAAUUCAUAAAAGAUAUUGUGACUGUAUUUAUUAAAAUCUUGAUCGAACACUUAAAAUUGUUUUUAUGUAUGUAUGUAUAUUAAUAAAGUUUGUUUGUUUUACAAACA